AUCAUGGAGAGAUCUAAAGAAAACUGCAUUUCAGGGCCUGUUAAGGCUAUAAUUCCACUUGGUGAUGGACCAAAACGUGUUCCAGUGACUCAGCAAUUUCCUUCUCAGAACCUAUUAUCUGCAAGUAGUGGCCAGGCUCAGCGGGUCUUGUGUCCUUCAAACUCCUCCCAGCGUGUUCCUUCGCAAGCACAAAAGCUUGUCUCCGGUCAUAAACAGAAUCAGAACCAGAAGCAGUUGCAGGCAACCGGCGUACCUCAUUCUAUCUCCAGGCCACUGAAUAACACCAAAAAAAGAGAUAAUCCUGAAAAGGAACUAGCAUCAAAACAGAAAAAUGAAGAAUCAAAAAAAAGGCAGUGGGCCUUGGAAGAUUUUGAAAUUGGUCGACCUCUGGGUAAAGGAAAGUUUGGUAAUGUUUAUUUGGCAAGAGAAAAACAAAGCAAGUUUAUACUGGCUCUUAAAGUGUUAUUUAAAGCUCAGCUGGAGAAAGCAGGGGUGGAGCAUCAGCUCAGAAGAGAAGUAGAAAUACAGUCCCACCUUCGGCAUCCUAAUAUUCUCAGACUGUAUGGCUAUUUCCAUGAUGCUACCAGAGUUUACUUAAUUCUAGAAUAUGCACCGCUUGGAACAGUCUACAGAGAACUUCAGAAACUUUCCAAGUUUGAUGAGCAGAGAACUGCUACUUAUAUCACAGAAUUGGCAAAUGCCCUGUCUUACUGUCAUUCGAAGAGAGUUAUUCAUAGAGACAUUAAGCCAGAGAACCUCCUUCUCGGAUCAGCUGGAGAGCUUAAGAUUGCAGAUUUUGGGUGGUCGGUACAUGCUCCAUCCUCCAGGAGAACCACUCUCUGUGGCACCCUGGACUACCUGCCCCCCGAGAUGAUUGAAGGCCACAUGCAUGAUGAAAAGGUGGAUCUGUGGAGCCUUGGAGUUCUGUGCUAUGAAUUUUUAGUUGGGAAGCCUCCUUUUGAGGCAAACACAUACCAAGAGACCUACAAAAGAAUAUCACGGGUUGAAUUUACCUUCCCUGACUUUGUAACAGAGGGAGCCAGGGACCUCGUUUCAAGACUGUUGAAGCAUAAUUCGAGCCAGAGGCUAACUCUAAGAGAAGUACUUGAACACCCCUGGAUCACAGCAAAUUCAUCAAAAGCAUCAAAUUGCCAAAAAAGCAAAGAAUCCACUAGCAUAGAAUCUUAGGAAUCAUGCAGAGGGAGAAAUCUUGAGCCAGGGCUGCUGUAUAAUCUGUCAGGAACACGCUACUGAAAUCUGUUUCACUGUUGACUGUCUGCCUUCAAUCUAGAGGAAAUGUUGUUUUACUCAGCAGGCAGUGCCUUGGCCUCCCUAUUCAGAAAGCUCCAC